AUGCCAAAGGAGGCAGACUUCAAACUUUUGAAAUUCAGAAUUCUGUGUGGAGUUACGAUUGAUGCAUGUGGAAAGGAUCAGUAUCCUGUGAUGAUUAAGGCCGAUCCGCCUGCCUAUUUACAAAAACAAACAUCUCAAUAUACUGUAGAAAGCGGAAAUGAUCUAUCGAUUCUGGGAUCUGUCAGUCCUGAGGGCACUUUCCACUUGUCAACCAACACACAAAACAAAGGACAGGCUGAAUCAUCAAACUUUAAAGGGUACACAUUCAGUUCCUACUUUUGUAGAAUAUUAGCAGAUAUUAACUUGUAUAUUACCGGAAGAAUUCCAAAACAUGUACUUUAUAUGCUUACACAAAUGUCUCCCUCUUUAGAGAAUAUGAAUGAAUACAUGCAAAUAAUCGACAGCGUUGGAAAAGUGUAUCGAGAGCAUGAAAAGCGAAGAGCAUUUAAUGAGGUUCAGCUUCCUCUAGCGUUAUGCAUUUUCAACUUGUUUUUGUUUGGAGAUAAGCUAUUUCUUCUCAAAGAGGUGUACCGAAAGACGAAUGGUGGGCUGAUUUUGUCUAGAAAUAUCGCUAAUACUCAUAUUCCAGAAAAUAAGAGCGUUCUAGACUUUUUACAUUCAGAAAUACUCAAAUUAGCACAGGUUGUUACAAAAUGCACCACCAUUGAAAACUUUGAUUUAUUGAAACCUAACCUCUGGAAUUGUGUUGCUGCUGGUGCUGAGGUAGUAUUGGAGGUGUUGGAAUCCCUUUCAGAAUGUUCACAUAUGCCUUUCUCAGCCAUGAUUGAUGCUUUGGAACUGAAUCAUUAUUUCUCCACCACUUAUCCUGCUCAUGACUUGCAAAAUCCUGUGUCCCAAAAACAGAUAUUGGACCAAUUCGAGCAGCAACUUUUGGAGAUGCUUGAUCACAACAUUAAGGCUCUCAACACUUGGACCAUGAGGUACCAUAAUGACAAGUAUGCUUACUUGAUUGAGAGAAUGCAACAAUUUAAACAGAUGAAAUCAAAUCAAGCAUUCCAAAAUAUCCACAAUUUACACCUUCCUCAGUUUCUUGAUGGUUCUAAUAUUAACAAGACCUAUGAUAACAAUUACCCACCUAUUGCAGUGCCUUCCGAGUUGCAAUCCAACACUAAUUUGCAAAAUGCAGAUUUAUUCAAGCUUGCAACCUAUUUAUUUGGUGAAAUUGGAAGAAAUAACGCUUCUCAACAACACUAA